GUCCUCCAAGCAACGGUCGUGAGUAAGAGGGGAGCCAUCAAUCUAUCUUGUCAACUGGCCUGAGUUAUAGACAACCAUGGCAGGGCUAGGGCAGACAACCAUUAGUAAAACGGGGAAACCUAUUCACCGAGUACGUCUCAAUAGACCUGAUUGGAUAGAAUUUUAAAUUUCUUCGCCUGCAAAGACCCGGUGGUACAGACAUAUAAAGAUAAGGAUUGGUGUGUAAUCGGUUACUCUACAAGCAGUUUAUGUGCUUGAUAGGAAUAUUAAAGUGCAUUGUUGCCCAUACAGGAUAGUCUGUUGGACUGCCAUAAACUCGUAUGGAAUUGGAGGGAACAAAAGAUCAGAAACGGCAUUGAUUUAUGUGUAUGGGUGCAUGGAUUUUUAAAAUUUACUGUUAAACAGUCGUAAAAUGGCAUUAUUGAUGAAGUUUUUAUUGGUUGUCAGGACCGUUGAUGUGUAUUUAUUGAAAGUUGCCCUUCACGAAGAUGUGAGCAAACUGAAUGUUGCGAAAGGAAUUUAAGCAUCCUGUGGGAAUAAUAAUUUCUCGGCAGUCCAUUAAUUAUUAAUCACGAUUAGAAAGCAUUAGAUCUUGAGAUUAUGUUUCGCCCUUUUGUGGACGGUGGGAUGGCUUCUUGAUGAGUUGUGAAUUCAACUAUUAAUUCACUCUCUGGGAUUUAAUUCAAUGAAGCUGGACUCACAGAAAAUGAUAUCUGGUGAGAAAAGGAUUUCUCGACCGAGAACGUCUCAGUCUGCAAGAUCUCGGAUUAAAGGGCCAAUUUAUCAGGAGGAGGAUCCAAGUAACUUUUGGGAGGUGGACCUGUCAUUUCGACCAAUUGAUAUAUCUAUAUUUGGGAGAAAUCAGGGCUUUAGACACAACUUCUCCUCUUAUGCGGAAUGGGAGAAAACCUAUGGCUACCAGUUAAGCAGUGGCAGCGGUAGCGAGAGUGAUGAUUCUGACUUAGACUCGGAUGAAAAGAAAAAUGCUGUGGAAGAAAAAAGGAGAUCAUAUCAUAUGCGUGCAGGGGUUAGUUGCGAAAGCCACAUUAAGGGUUAUUAUGACGAAAAUCUAAGUGACAACAAACUUCAGGAAGAACUUCUACGCACAACCCAGCUUGUUUAUAGCUACAAAGAUGGCAAGGGGAUGGUACCCAAACUCCGAGAGCCCAGGAACUUGUACGCUCUUGCCAAAGAACUGGGUCCACAGCAGGCAGCUAGAUGGCCAGCAGACAUUCAAGUCUUGGAUGAGAAGGUCAAACACAUUAGAUAUAUUCCACCAGAUCCUGAGUUAUUCUAUAAACCAACUGGAUGCGAGAAAACACCAAUGGUAAGGGGAGAAGAAAAUGGGGGUCGCCUGGUGUACAUGUAUGAGCCUCGCUCAACUUUUUUUGUGAGGUCUCGAGUAGGUGGACUACGCUCAGGGCCUCAGAAGUGCAAUAUUGAACUGCAGUCCGAAGAAGACGAUACUCUGAUAUUUGAAUCUCGAUUUGAAAGUGGAAAUCUUGCCAAAGCUGUUCAAGUGAACUCCACUGACUAUGAGCUGUGGCUGAGGUAUGACCUCUACACGAACAAGCACACACAGUGGUUCUACUUCCGGGUAUCCAACACCAGGGCCAACAAAACAUACCGCUUCACCAUCGUCAAUUUCAUGAAGUCUGAUAGUCUGUACAAUGAUGGAAUGAAGCCAUUGAUAUACAGCGAGAAAAAUGCUCAACAGAAGAAGGUUGGAUGGGUGCGGGGAGGAAGUGACAUCAAAUACUACAAAAAUAAUCUCAGUUUAUCAGGCACAAUCAACAGGUAUUCUACCUCUAAAUCUGACAAGUCUUUCUAUUCGCUGACUUGGACUGUGAAGUUGGAGCAUAACCAUGACACAGUCUACUUUGCUCAUUGCUUCCCAUACACAUACACUGACCUUCAAGACUACUUGCUGGACAUGAGCAAUGAUCCAGUGAAGAACAAGAUCUGUAAACAGAGGGUGCUGUGUCGCACAUUGGCAGGAAACCUGGUCUACCUCCUUAGUAUCACCUCCCCCACACAGAACUCAGAGGACAUGAAGCACAAGAAGGCAGUUGUGAUCACCUCCAGGGUACAUCCGGGGGAGUGUAACUCCAGUUGGAUGAUGAAGGGCUUCCUGGACUACCUAACCGGUAACUCAGCUGAUGCCAAGCUGCUGCGUGAUACUUUCAUUUUCAAAAUUGUGCCAAUGUUGAACCCUGAUGGAGUGAUAGUAGGAAACUACAGGUGCUCGUUAGCGGGGAGGGAUCUCAACAGGAACUAUAAAACGGUGCUCAAGGACUCCUACCCUUCUGUGUGGCAUACCAAAAACAUGAUCAGGAAAUUGUUGCAAGAAAGGGAGAUUAUUGUAUACUGUGAUUUACAUGGACAUAGUAGAAAACAAAAUGUGUUUAUAUAUGGCUGUGAAAAUAGACACAAUCCAGAGAAAAGGCUGAAAGAGAGAGUCUUCCCACUUAUGCUCAACAAGAAUGCCCCAGAUAAAUUUAAGUUUGAAUCCUGCAAGUUCAAGGUGCAGAAAAGUAAAGAAGGAACAGGGAGGAUUGUUAUGUGGAAUAUGGGCAUAAUGAACAGUUAUACUAUGGAGGCCACAUUUUGUGGUUCCACCAUGGGCAAGAAGAAGGGUUACCAUUUCAGUAUGGCCGAUUUUGAGGCGUUGGGUUACCAUUUCUGUGAUACACUGCUGGACUACUGUGACCCUGACAACACCAAAAGUUGCAAUAUUCUUCUUGAAAUUGAGGAGCGUUUGAAACGGGAGAUAAUGGUGAAGCUCCAGAAGGCAGCAUCUACCUCAAUGCCAGAUAUCAAUGAUAUCAACCUCAGCGACUACUCCUCAGAAGACGUCGAGUCCAGUGAUGGUGGCUCAGAUAGCUCUGUGUCAGAUGGUCCUCCAGUACAUCUCCAGUUCACAGCGUCCAGGCCAACUCGGCCUCAUUCACGACCCUAUAUUCGGGUCAUGCCAUUUGAUUGGCAGCCAACUAAAAAGAAGAAAAAAUUAAAGACCAAGAAAGAAAGAGAUCGUGUAAGAAGUUUGAAAGAUGAGCCAAAGAAACCAGCUGCCGCGGACCGACCCGUGUCUGAUCCUCAUGCAUGCGAGAAGAAACCCAUAUUGACGGGACAUCAACAGGCUCAUGCAAAGCAGGAGAAGCUGAGUUCACCGUCCGGUGGUAUGAAGUAUACAUUAGCUGUAAAGCGGCCCAAAUCUAGUGAGGAGCACGCUUCACAACCCAUAAUUAAUGACGAGAAAUCGGAACAACGUGCACGACGGGCAUACACAACCCUCUUUGAUCCUCGAGACCAUAGUGAUUACCUCGAAGCUUUGACAAACGCUUACCUCAGAAAUGGAUUACUAACUCAGGAUCAAGCAGCUCCACAUUUCCGUUACUCGGGCAACAAGGUGUCUCCAACAAUUCCCUUUAAUCUGGAAGGAUUAUGCCCCCACCAUGAGCAGACAUUCGCUGCUCAAUAUAUGGCACAGCAAAUACAAAACAUAAACAGCGGAGAUCCAGAUUGGUUACUUCAUGGGAUAAGAGGACGACCCAAAAUUCUCAAACCAUUUCGUCAAAAAAAUCAGGAUGAGAUUAUUGCAAAACUGUUAGGGAUGCCUGCAGUUGUUGCUCCUGAGGUGUCCCUUACUCAUACCCCCGAUCUGAGAGUGACGGACAGUGUUGUGACUUCCAUGGCAUAUUCAGGGCCAUUUGAUGCCCUUGUGACCCCCCAACUCCUGCUUAAGGGGGGCCAGCAGGCUGGAGCAGUGUGUCCACCUAUUCGACCAUUACCUGUCCCAGUUGUAGGAAAUACCUUUGUUAAAGUUUGGAAAGACAGGAUACAUAAAUCUAGGAGAAGCAAUUUCCCGGAUCCGACCAUCGACGAGAUCGUGCGGUCCCAGAUUAGCCACCAGGCCAGCAUCCCCAUGUCUAGGCAGCCCACCCAGAGGCACAUCCUGGAGGUGUCCGCAGCACAACAGAGGCAGCAGGAUGUGCUCACCCAGGCACGUAGACAUCAGCCUGCCUACCCAGUAACAGGCAGAUUGUGUUACCGCCACAAACUGGCCAUCCGGCGAGACCAGAUCAACCCCAAUCUGGUUCUCAUCCAGGACUCCCUGACCCACACUUUUAUCCUGCAGGGAGACAAAUCAGGUAAUUCCAUUCGUCAGCACCCUAACCCUUUUGAUGAACAAUAUACUCAUGCCAAAAACAGCCGACCUCGUGCUCAUGUGCCUGAAACUUCAUUUAACAAUUAUGAACCUCUUGAUAAUCACAAAAAACCACCACACCCACCUGAGGAGCACUUGCCCCCCUCGCAAGGGGAUGCCACUGAGGAAACCACUGCCAAGGAGGAGCCAGUGAUGGAGGAAGAGGAGGAGAUUGAUCAUAGAAAACAUGGCCACAAGGGAAAACACAAGGAGAAAGGGGGAAGAAAGAGCAGAAUGGUUGAAGAAACCAAUGUUUUGUACCAGUUUUCACAAGAAAAGAGAGUUCCCUCAUAUGUACCAACUUGUGUGCAGGAAUCCAUUAAUCCCAUAGAGUUAGCACUGGAGAGAAAAUUCUCUGUGGUGAUUCCGCAGGAAAAUAAUGUUCCAUUUCUGACAACGAGGGAGAUUAAAAAUCCAGGAAUGAGAGAGUCUGACGAUGAUCCGGGACCAUCAACAGAGGGACCAGACUAUCUCCAGGACCCUCACCAUCACAAUGGACCCAGGGUCAAGUCAGCCAAAGGGGGCAAGGAAAUGGACAGCGUGGUAGAGAGCAUCAAGGAACUGAGACAGUCACUUGCAAAUAAUGCCAUGCAGCAGAAUCAUCUCAGUCCCACAACAGGUGGUUACAUUAAAAGAUUGAUGAGGGAAACUGGAGAAGAGAUAGAAGAAUUAACGAAUGAGAUCCGUCAUGAUAUUGAGCAAGGGCAUAGGUUGGCAAAGGAUCGUGAUAAACAGAAAGCUAAAGAAAUAAAGAAGUUUCAGUCUCUUGAUGAUUACAAAAUGAACGAAAAUAGAAAUUCCAAUAGUCAAGCACUGUCUAUUGGCAAUAAAAGCAAGACGGUUCUAACUAGAGAACCCCCUGGCAAUAGUUUUGAUGACAAGAGACCAUUCAAUGCCAGAUAUAAAUCCAAGAGUGUAACUAAUUAUCCAAUAAGUGAUAGAACUCAUGAUAGAAAUCAGAAAUGGAGAGAUCCAAGUUUAAUGAUCACAGGUGACACCUCGCUCAACUACAGCAAUACAUAUAUCACAAACGCUCGAAAGUCCACCUCAGAAACUGUAUAUACCAUCCCUGCUAGUAGUGCUAAUGCAACCCAUGUCAACAGCUCUGGGGCUAGUGUCUAUAGAAAUAGCCUUAAUCUGAACACAACCUCCACUGCCACCCAAACUUCAUCCAAAAUGGAGAAGGCCUUUCCAAGAGUGGAAUUGUAUCCAGACACAGACCACCCUAUCAGACUAGCUGAUGCAAAUGGAUAUGCAAUGACUAACACUAAGUCCAAAAGCGCUAAGGAUCUGCGAGAUGGAAUAACCAAUGUGAUCACUGGAAAAGAGGAUCGCAAAUCAGAUAAAUACUUUGAGCAGCACCAAAAUCGAGUGAGAUCUGCCAAAUCGGGUCGCCAGUCAGUAGAAGCUGUGCCGACAAAAAUACAACUAAUGAUAAGCCAGGACCAUCAAGAAGAAAAGGCUUUUGGAGGCCAGUUUCUACCUCUCUCUCGGACCAUCCGAGCACCCUUCUACAGAAAUAACUCGAAACGGAAAUGAGGAGUUCAUUGUGUCAAAUCUUGGACAAAGAGAAUUGUGCACUGUUACACCCAACACUCUUAAACAAACAUAGACUGACUCUCUGUUAUUGUUUGUUUGAGAAUGUGAACGAAACUGUGUGACGUGCAGGUUCCUAGAUGUGUCAGAUUGGUUACGUAUAGUACAAAAUGUUGUGUUGAAUCAUUCAUAAAACCAUGUGCCAUUGCAUGUACAGAUUUCUUAGCUCUACCUCGACACGUGAUGCUGAACCAUUUCGAGUGGAGCUGAUACUAGUAGUCGGUUGACCAUUGUAAUGCGUUUGUCAAACUUUGUAAGGAAGGAUUUCAUUCUACUGUGCCAACAUGUCCUAGACAUUGAAAGUUUAUAGAGCUACUAUUAUAGGAAAUGCUAGUAAUUCAUUUUUGUUCAUUCAUUACCUUUCAUGUUGAUCGAUAUUCAUAAACAAUCACUUGAUUAUUUCUAGUGUGUGUAUGAAGAAUUUUGUUUAAAACUAAACAUGGAAAGCCUUUGUUUUUUCCCCCACAGAAUAUAUAUAUUUAGAAUUAGCAACAAAUUUGUAAAUGAUUGCUUUAUAUGACAGGGUUGUUUGAAUUGUAUCUGUGUAUUUUAUUUUCUAAAUCAAGUGUAGACGUCUAAUGAUUUCCGUCUCCAGAUUUUAGUAUGUGCCAAGUUUGUUGUGUGUGGAAUAUGUGUACGAUAAUUUUGUUCUGUACACACAGAUAGUUUUACUAUAUACGGAAAACAGUGUAAUAUAAGUAUUCCAGGAAAACAGAGUACGAUUGUUACAGAUAUAAACUGUGCCUUUAAAAUUCGUAUUAAAUUCCUUAUAAAACCCGUCCCAUGAUUUAGGAUAUUUUAUAUAUUAUUUAAUAAUGUUUUGUAUAGCGCUGUUUACAGUGUUGGGAUUGUAAAUGGCUUCAGGAGAAAGAAAAUAAAUUAUUGUUGAAAGUA